GUGAGCGCUGCUGGCCCGGCGGCCAAGGGCUACCUGGACCCCCCGGCUCCGGGCGAGAUGAACGCGGCGGGGCCGCUGAAAGCCGUGGACCAGGCGCCGCCGGUGGACAACCUGCAACAGCAGCAACUGCUGGAAGUCAACCGCUCGGAGCGGGUGGUGAUCAACAUCGCCGGGCUCCGGUACGAGACCCAGCUGAGCACCUUGAGCCAGUUCCCGGACAGCCUACUUGGAGACCCCGAGAAAAGAAUCAGGUACUUCGACCCGCUGAAGAACGAGUAUUUCUUCGACCGCAACCGGCCGUGCUUCGACGGCAUCCUGUACUUCUACCAGUCGGGCGGCAGGAUCCGCAGACCCGUCAAUGUCUCCAUCGACAUGUUCGCCGACGAGAUCCGCUUCUACAAGCUGGGACCCGAGGCCAUGGAGAGGUUCCGUGAGGAUGAGGGCUUCAUCAAGGAAGAGGAGAAGCCUUUGCCUCGCAAUGAGUUCCAGAAGCAGAUGUGGCUCCUUUUCGAGUACCCGGAGAGUUCCAGCCCUGCCCGGGGUAUCGCCAUUGUCUCGGUGCUGGUCAUUGUCAUCUCCAUCAUCAUCUUCUGCCUGGAAACCUUACCCGAGUUCCGCGAUGACCGCGACAGUGCCAGCAACUCUCCGCUCAACACCAGCGCCCAGAGCCCCGGGACUGGGGACAACAGUAGCCUCAGUGACCCCUUCUUCAUCAUCGAGACCACCUGCGUGGUCUGGUUCACCCUGGAGCUGCUGGUCCGCUUCCUGGCCUGCCCCAGCAAGUCGGUCUUCGCCCGGGACAUCAUGAACAUCAUCGACAUUGUGGCCAUCAUCCCGUACUUCAUCACCCUGGGCACUGAGCUGGCCGAGCAGCAGACCAAUGGUCAGCAGGCCAUGUCCCUGGCCAUCCUCAGGGUCAUCCGCCUGGUGCGGGUCUUCCGCAUCUUCAAGCUCUCCCGCCACUCCAAGGGUCUCCAGAUCCUGGGCCAAACCCUCAAGGCCAGCAUGAGGGAGCUGGGCCUGCUCAUCUUCUUCCUCUUCAUCGGGGUCAUCCUCUUCUCCAGCGCCGUCUACUUCGCCGAGGCGGACGAGCCGCGCUCCCACUUCUCCAGCAUCCCCGAUGCCUUCUGGUGGGCGGUGGUCACCAUGACCACGGUGGGCUAUGGGGACAUGAAGCCGGUCACCAUGGGCGGCAAGAUCGUGGGGUCGUUGUGCGCCAUCGCCGGCGUCCUGACCAUCGCCCUGCCCGUGCCCGUCAUCGUCUCCAACUUCAACUACUUCUAUCACCGGGAGACGGACAACGAGGAGCAGGCUCAGUACCUGAAGGACGACACGGACAGCGAGCCCAGUCACUCAGAGGAACUGAAGAGGAGCAGGAGCUCCCUGGGCAAACCCUUGGAGAACAGUGAGGGGGUGAACAAUGGCGCGGGGGCUCACCUGAAGGCCAACAGUGCCCCCGACAUCAGGAAAUCGCUGUACGCACUAUGUCUGGAUCCAAAUACAGAGACCGACCUGUAGCCCCGGCCACUUUCCACAUGACAACUCUCCAGACUUGUUUGGGGUUGACAAACUGAAAAAAAAAACCACUCAGCAUUUGUACAAACCACACAGGUUAGAUUAGUUAGGCGAGAAGAAAAUAUCAAUUUUAUACAUCAUUCUUUAUCAGACCGUCAGAUACAUUCCAAGGGGUUUAGCUAAACACUUUGGCGCUGGUUCUUAAUUUUUUUGGGGCGUGGGCUGUUGGAGGGGUUUGGGGUUGUUGAUGAGACACCGGUUUUCUGCAGGUGCACAAUAGGACAGCUGGAACUUGUGCACAGCUCCAGCCUCCGUCUUGUAUUUGUUUUGCUUUCAUUAAUUGGAAACAAAUGUAAAGUCUUAAAAUUCCAUAAGUUUAUUUUUGAAUUUGUAAUUGAGGCAGGUGUGAAGUAGCUCAGUUUUCCUGUGAGGAAGAAAGGUCAUGGACUAUCCAACCCUUUGUUUCCUGCAAUACUUUGCUCAUGUUUUGUGUCAUAUAUAUUUAUAUAUUUAUAUACAUAAAAUUAAGCGGUAGGAGUGGGAGGCGGAAAUGUAUUCAAACGCAUCAAAGCCUGUCGUGAUGAGAGUUCGCAACAGUGUUUGUUUUAUUUACAAUGUAGCUACCGUCAGAGAGAGAGGAAAUUCAGUUUGCUUGGAGUCUUAAGGAAGACAAAAGUCGUAUUUGUAUUUAGGCAAUGUGGGACUUCUCUGUUCGCAAUAUAUUUUUUCAAAGUGUUCAUGCGACAAAAUUCGAACAGAUCAUACGAGAAUUACUGAACAGUAUAUUUAGAUAAUUGGAGCAUUCCUUGUUUAUUUAAUAUUUAUGGGGACUUAAAUCAGCAACUUCAGCUUUUUGUACUGAUUUUCCAUGUUUGGAGAAGCACUAGACUCUCUCUUUGCUGGUAGAGCUGUCAAAGCUUAUUGUACAUCCACUUAAUGUGUUGCAAAUGAUCUCAUGUAAACAAAAAUCCAAAGGAAUUCGCUAGAGGAUCCACUUGAUCAUAUUUGUAAUGACCUAAGUGAAUGCAUUGAUUUAUACUAAUGUUGUAAAAUAACUAUUUUAAAAUCUGCAUAUUUAUUCUGAACAGUAAAUCUGCAAAACUGGGUUCUCUAAGAACAGACGAAGAUUGGGAUUAAGUACCUGAAGUUUAACACAUGAACUGUGAAGUAAUAAAAGUUGAUACCACAGAGUGAUGAAACAACAAAAGAUAACCAACACAUUUUUUUGAACUGGAAACACAUUUUAGAUGAUGACAAAUCAUUCUGGAUUUGAUAUUUGCUAUGACUCGUCUUUUAUCUUUUGAAAAUGUUUAGAGGAAGUGAACUUUGGACAACAUUAUAUGUUAGGGACUGCCUUAUAACUAUCGCAAAGCUAUAACAAUUUGAAACAAAUCUUGUGAUGUGGAAGGAUUUUUACCAGAUUCUGAACCGAUAUUCAGAACACCCAUGUCUUCAAAUGGACAAAACACCUGUCUCUUGUGAGUGGCUCACUGCUGCAGGCACAUGAUCGAAGUUGUGACGUAGCAAGAUAAGUGAGGUUCUAUCUCACACCAGAAACACAAACAUAAUCUGGAAUCCUAUAGGGGACUGAGUGAUAUGGGCUAUGGCAAAACUUGUGGCAAAAUCAGGUACCGUGAACAAGGGAGUCCACAAAUCCAAGAUCCACAGCGCUGGUCAAUAGUUUCACCCUGGACUGAUAAGAGGAGUCCUUAUUUGAAGAUUAGUUAAACACCAAAAGCAUUUGUUAUCAGGUAGCCCUAAUGGUUAGGAAGGGAGAAGAACUGUGAAUUUCAGAUGUACAGAACACCAUCUCAACCUGGAAUAAGAAGGGAAGUUCUUACUGGAGAUCAUGUUACCACAAAAAAAGCCACUGUCAUCAGCCAAGUGAAAAUGUUGCCUAAAAAGUCGGAAAUUUACCACGUGGAUCCAAACAAAGCAUGUUCUGUGAGAUCCAAGGCAAAGCUGCUUUUUGGCAGAAGGUGUAAUUAGAUGGCUGACAGCACAUCACUGAGGAAACUAUCAGGCCCAGCAACACGGUGCACACCAUCAGAACAAGACACGCUAUUCCUGUUUUAUGAAGAGUAGUUGAAUCUAUUUUGCACGUGCUGACGCUCUACUGAUGGCUGACUUCAUCAACAGCUUCAAGAAAAGAUUCACUUCCACUGCUUUAAGUGUCCUCAGUUACCAUGACUGUGCCUUCUGGAACCAGAACUCAUGCAAGAAUGAGCUCCUUUUCUUGCGACCAUUCAGACUGCAAGAUUUUAAAAGAUGACCCAUCAUCACAGAUUCUAGUAAAAUCACUCUGAGCUGAAGAUAUAUUUUUAGAGUUGGUUCCAACAUAUCAUAGCAAAUUCAGAUUUGAUUUAUUUUACUUUACAGUAUGGAGAUGAAUGUAAUGUAUGCAAUCAAAAAGUUUUAAAAACAAUUUCAUUGAGUCUUGUUAGGAAUGGAAUUGUAGAAUCCCAGAAUGGUGAAAGCACAAAAAGAAGGCCAUCCUGCCAGUUGUUUCCAUGCUAGCCCACUCAAGGAACAACUUACUUAGUGCCACUCCCCUGUGCCUUUUACCUGUAGCCCUGUAAAUAUUUCCUUUCCAGUAUUUAUCUUAAAACUUUUCUAGCUAAUACACCACAGUAGUCUGAGUUUUCUGCAUUACUGUUAAGUCUCAUGAGCUAUGUAAAAGUUUAAUUGCAUGACCUCAGAGUAAAACACUAGAACCUGAUCCCAUGUCCACUUAUAUGUCAGAAAAUCUCCCAAUUGUGGAAUUUCAACCUAAUUGUAAUGUGGCCUUUUCACCAUGAGUGUUCUAAAACUACUCUGUUUCAUUGGUAAAAUAUUCCAGAUGCAAAUUAUUACCCUACCAAUCUAAUUUCACACAAGAUUUCUUUAUAUGUAUGAUAAUUCAGAAUGUAUUUGCUGUGAGGACCUUGUUCUAUCAUUUGUGACCCUCGUCAUAGUUCCUUGUUCCACUCUUGUUGGCAGCAUGUUACACAUGUUGGUACCCAUUUACAAUAAGCCAUUGCCCAAAUUUUACUUCUGUAUUUCUCUUAAAUUGAGCGAUCACUUCAUUGUGAUGCAAACCAUUAACUGAAUUUAUAUUCUGUAGAUCCUAAUCAGAUUUUAAGCCUUCCAUUAAAUAAUACCAUGGCUUUAUCCUUACGAGAGAGAUGACCCAGGGUCAACUUUUCUUCAAAGGCUUGUCCCAUUAGUUCUGGAAUUUAUAGAGCAGCUUUAUUAAUUUCAGAUGCAUGCCUGGUGCCAGCUUUGUGAUGAGGUCAAGGGGUUUGUAUUACAACAGCAUCAAAGUUUUGGGUAAAUUAAACCUGACUCCAAAUUUAGGAUAAUAUCAGAACAAGGCAGUCCAAGUUUUUUUGAGGACAACGUCUGUGACUUAUUCAGGAGCUAGUUUGGCCUCAUCUACAUGUAUAUGACAAUUUAGUGCUGAUGCAAUGCCACAACAGCUGUACCGUCGUAACACUGAUGAAUGCUGUUCCUUGCUUUAAACUCUCAAGAUACAAUAUAUAUUUGAAACACUUCUUUCAAUUUAUUGUUGUGCAUAAUAUAAGUUGGAUAUUUUUACAAAGUUGUUAAGAUUGAGAAUCUAUAAAAUUGGUGACUGGGUCUUUAUGUGGAAAGCUGGCUAGGGCUAACAAUGAGUGGACAUCGCUGAAGUCAGCAGUUGUCUGUGAGCACUAUUUCCAUUCAUCUCUAUACGAAUGUGAAGUGGGUCAGCAGCUGAGAGCAGAUUUUUAUAGUACACUGAGACUCUACAAAGAACUAAUUCAAGGACAUAAUUUGGGAUAACAUCUAAAAAGAGAUUUGCUGGGAUCUUUCUCACAGCAGAGACGUUUAUAGGGUGAUUUCACAGGAAUUUGUUAGUGCAAAUCCAGUGAAGCCAUCUCCACUGACUGGGAUUGCAGUGAACAGAAGACAGAGAUUUAAAUUAUUUGAGAGAAGAAUCAGAGAGGGGGUGAUAUGGAAAUUUCUUUGAAGUAUCAAGUUUGUGAAGAUGUUAAAUGUAUAUUAAUUUGGCGUCCAAUUGUUUUUUGGUUGUAGGUACUAACUCGGAAAGGGCCUUUCUGGUGCAGUUAUAGUGUCCCUAACUCUGUACUAGGGGCGUUAACACAUGUCCAAACGGGUCAAUUAAAAAUAAUUUUAUAGGCGCAGACGCAAACCGAUCUUUCUGUAUUUGAUGGCAAUUGGUUGCUGACAUCUGUCUCUACAGAUAAAAACUUGUAAUUGUAUUAAGUUCCAGUUCUAUAUUUCACUGCUUUUAUCUGUUUCAGAGGGACAGGGUGGAGUAGAUUCAAUAAUAAUCAACAAAAGGAUAUUGGAAAUAUACUUGAAAAGAAACAAAUGCAGGGUUGUGGGGAAAGAGCAGGGGAGAGGGACUAAAUAGAUCAUUCUUUCAGAAUGCCAGCGCAGAUUGAAUGACCUGAAUGGCAUCUUCCUGUGUUAGGAGAUUCACCUGUGACAAAUUAUUUAAAUCAGAAAUUUUAUUGCUUCAACAAGAACGUGUUAUACUCCAGCAACUCUAUACAGGAUCUUUUAUUGCACUAAAACAAUUUACAAAUAGUAUUACAACACUGUAUUAUCAAUAAAAGCAAUAAUAUAUUUAUUUUCUUGACUUGUAAUAAAUGUAAAGUUUUUUUAAGUGAGCAAGCUGUUGAAUACUGUGGGAUACAGGGGCAGACCUAUGUUCCAUUAUAUAAUUAUCAAAUAUCAAAAUUCACCAUAAAUGUCCGAUCAGUUCUUUCAUUUAUAUUUCAUUGAAAAAAAAUUAGGUGGAAAGAAGAUGGAACCUUCAGAGAGAUAUAAAGACCCUUGGGGUUUAGGUCAUUAUAUUUCAUUUUCGAAUCUUACAAAGGCACAUCGAAAAGCAAAUCCCUGUGUAAGAUGGCUGCAACAGCUUUACCUGACGUUCUGGAGACCAUAUGUUCAUAACCAAGCUGUUUAUUUGUCAAAGAGUCUUGCUGCACAAAGAACUGAGCACAGCUUUGUUGAAAUCAGAGCUGUCACACUGAUGGAGAUUGAAGUUAGUUCACUGGUGGGAUUUGGGAUGGUAAUAUCAUAAUAACAUGACUCAGAUGUUUUACUUACCUUCGGGUCAGGGAACAAAUACAACAUGAUAUCUUUUCUGACCAAGAAAUACUUAAUGUUAACAAUGGAUUGUAAACAUAGAAAUAUUUAUCUUCAUCAAGCUGAAUUCACCUCAUGGCCAUAAAUACAAAACAAAAUGUAAAGCUCCUGCACUAUUUUAAACUAGAGCGAAGGUGAGAUAGUCACAGUUUGCAUGAGACUUCUGGAAAAGGCACAACAUUGGUUUAUAACCAAUCUAGAAAGAUAAAAUGCAUUAUUGUAAAGCUGCAUCUUUAGAAGUCAAUUUUGAUUCAAUCAUUUAGCAGAAAACAGAAUGAUGUGCAAUUAAAAAGGAAUAGAUCACUCCCCCAUUGAGAUCCCAUCAUUUUCUGACAGCAACUGAAAGGUACAGUAGGCAGAUGACAGACAACUGAAAGCAGGAAAGAGCUUUGUAAGUUUAUACAAAUUUCUGCAGUUAAUUUAUUGAUGCAGUUUUGGGAAGGCUUUGAAGAUUGAGCUGAUCUGCAGUAUGCUUUUAUCGAGUGAGAUCUAUUAUUUAUUCUUUUUAAAUAGCUAAAUCUCUAAAUUACAUAUCCUAUAAUUCAAAUCAUUGGAAAUAAACUGUUUGUUUGGAUCCAGCUUGCACAAUCAACAUUAAAGCUACAAUAAUUUAUUUUUUUUAAUGGUUCAUUGACCUGAUCUUUCCUUACUUUCUGAAAAAAUCCAGUUCUCAUUACAGUUCUGGAAAACAUUUAUUUUUAAAUCUCUCGAAUUAUAAUUUACAAACUCCUUUCAAGUGCAAAGUACUAAAUGGCUAUUUUAUGAGUUGGCGCUGCAGACAUCAGGCUUUACCCAGUGACAAUCAUCGAGAGAAUGUUAGAUGCACCUCUUCCUGAAACCUGAAAUCCCUGAGUUUUUUAAGAUUUGGCUAUAUACAGCCCGCCAAUUUCCGAUGUACAUUUCUGGUUAAAAAAAGCCUCUGUGCCGAAACUUGUAAAAGCCAGUCUUUAAAAGCAUUCAUUCUAAUUAUUUCCUCAGUGCAAGUACAUUUAUUGUGUAUAAGUCUCCUGAGAUCCCAAUUAUUUCAUUAUUAAAGUGAAGAUAUUGAAAAUUUGCAUAGUUAGACAUUUCCUCACACAGAUGGGUGUAACCGUUAAUCUUGUUCACAGACUUUUACAAAUAGUUGAUGUGUGCCUAACUGAAUAUUGAAAGACUUUUGAGAAUUAAAUCUAUAAGUCAUUUUGCAUUUACAACUGACUUUAAGUCUACUGAUUGAGAAUUAAUAAUGCAAACCAAUGAUCUUACUGUAUGUGGCGCAAAUACAUCUAUUAACAUACACAAACCUGAGAUCAGAACCAAUUCAAUAUUGUUCCCCAAGGAACCUUUUAAUACUUUUUUUUUUCUGAUUUAAACAGGUGGUUGCAAAUACUUGACAUCCUUCCAUGUUGUGUUGCUCAAUAUGGCACUCCGUAAUGCCGGCAUUCUGUAAUGCACAAUAUAUAGAAAAACAUAUAGCUAUAAAAAUUGACAUCUUUGUUUCUAGUAGAUCUCUUUGUCAGUGUGGAGCUAGUGGAUUGUGAUAAACAAUUAAGUGCAUAUUAUCGAAGUAUGCUCUGUUGACAAUA